AUGGCUAGUUUCGACGAUAAUGCCGCCCGGGCUAAACGGAGAAAGAUUGAAGGUGAUGCUACUUUUCCUGUAACUGCCGAAAUUACCUCCUACCAGCAAUUAAGAGAUAUUUUGAGGUUCCAGCAAAACAUAUCACAGCAAACAAAGCAAGGGAUUCGUCAAUUUAAAGAAUUUUUAGCUUCCAUUCAUGGGGACAUCUCCGAAUCUGAAAAGUCAAAGAAGCUUCAAGUCUUAGAAAAAUAUUGCGCUUCUCAAUAUGUCAAAAGAGGAGACGAAACUCCCCCGAUUUGUUUCACUGAUCUUGUUAGCAUUUGGAACUUUGCAGAGAGCAAUAAUGAAGAGUCGACACUUUCGCUUAUACCCUCGGUUCUCGCAUCCUUCCUGAAAACCGUUUCUUCCCAUCUCGAGUUCAGAGAAUUUUCAAUUGAGCUUAGCAAAUACUUGCUAUCCAAUGAAAACAUCAAACUUUUUAACCGUGGCCUUACUGCAAGCAAGUCAAAAGAGCAUCUGAUAUCUCCUUGUCUUAGGCUUCUGACUGAGAUCGUGAGCUUUGAUGGUGGGGCUGUUGCAAAGGUAGUCUAUGCUAAACGAGAUAUCACGCUGAAAAGGCUCGAUGUGUUCCUUACCAUGCGUAAGUUACAGGUGGGGAAAAUAACUGCGGAUCGACGUAAACCCACGCUACGCCGUAUUGCCCAGCGCUACUUGCUUGCAAAUUUAAGAUAUCAAAGCCCUGCAGCUAAAGCUGAGCUGUUGAGUCAGGGGAAACUUAUAAAGGUAUUCAUUGAGGAUAUCAAGCGAGAUUCAGGGGACAUAGUUGUGGACAUUAUCAAGACAUUGGAUAAGUUCGUUGUAUCGGAUGCUGUUCUCUCGCGCAAUGUCAAGAGCCGCCUCUUAAGUCGGUGGAACCUGGAACGAUUUGCAACUCUCUAUGGGUACGAAAAGGACUCCGAGGAAAUUAUACCGGAAGGUGUGUCUGUUUCUGAUGAAAUACACAAAUUUUUAUUGUCUGUUUGCACAAACGUCGAAAAGGGUGUGUUAUUAUCAGAUAAUGGUUGGUACUCGUCAGGCAACAGUACAGAACCACUGAUCAACGAUAAUGAAACGAUCUCUCUUGGACUUGAUGCACCAAGCCACUUCGACAAAUUCAACGAACCAAUACCAAUUCGUAAUGGAAACCUUUCAACUUUGAUUCAGUUUCUUCGCCCCGAAUCAGACACUCGACAGAUGCAGUUGCUCCUGAAAAUUUUCCAAGCUGCUCCUGAGCUUGUAUAUGAUUACUUUUCGAAGCGCAAUAUGUUCAAUUCUGACCCGAAGCCGACACAGGCCUGGCUUGGAGAGUCCGCCUUUUUAUUCUCUACUAUCCAGCUGCCGGUACCUCAAAAAUGCGGUUUCAGGGAAGGUUCUCCUACUGUACCUCCUCCGGUAUCUGUUGCUAUCGAGAGCAUCCUCCCGCGCCCUCUUACACAACAAAUGUUGACCCGCUGUAUAAAUCAGAACACUGAAAUUGUUACGUUGUUUGCGAUCAAGGCAACAACAGCGGCUCUUCGAAAACUUCGAGGCGUGCUAAAAAUGUUUGACUCCAUGGGAAGUUCAAAUCCGGAACUCUGGAGUCAGGCAUCUACAAAGCUUAUGAAUGAGUUCACUUCCAGAUGUCCUACGAUGAAAGACACCAUUAUCGCCUUCCGUCAAUCCCCGAAGGAUGACCUGCUGCAACGAGAUGCGCUUUUAGAGCUGCUUUCCUUAUAUUACCAAGUCGCUCCAACUGUAGCUUUUGAACAAAAGUUUGACGUGUCAUUGGUCUUAGUUGAAGUCCUGGACCAACUGAGCAAUGACGAGUUAUCUACGGAAAACCGCCAGUUAUUAUUCAGCCAAUUGCAGCACAUCCUAACAAUUUCUCAACAUUCACCUGCUAUGCGCUGGUGGCAAAAGCCAGCACCCUUGACCUUAUCGGUAUUUACCUCAGUGCUAAAAGUUGCUGUGGAAAAACAGGAACAUAGCGCCCGGGCCAAAAUUAACUCCCUUCUACAAGAUGUCUUGACGCAGGAUUCAAUCUUGAUACAACCAGGUUCAUUCGAAGCCCUGGUGCUUAGUAUUCAGUUGGAAGAUGAGAAUACUCCUGUGCCCUGGUCUUUCAUUGAUAAUUGCCUUACAAGACUCGCGAAACGGCCAGUCCCAUAUCUUGACCAAGUGAGCUCAUUACCUAGCAAGUCAUCAUUGAUAAGUCCAAUUUUGGUAGUGAUUUCGGAACAAUGGCCCUUUAUCGUGAAAGCGCAAGAUGAGAUGAACGAGCUUUUCACGGCUUCAUGGAUUUCCAAAUUACUUGGUUAUUUGAUGGAGUACGGAGAAGAUAAGAAUGCACUUACCUCCGUCCGUGACACGAUUUUGAUCGAAACUAAGGUGAAAAAGAGCCGCUCGUUGCUUAAAAAGGCUUUUGAUCAUGGUACAGAAGCGCACCGGCUUGUUCUGGCUGAAGAGGCUCGAAUGGGUGGUACUAGAACCCUUCCAUCGUCAUCAGCUACCCAAGAAGUGAACCUUUCAGAUGUUUUCGGUAAAAUGCAGAUGGCUGAUGAGACUCAUGCUGGCUUGUACGAAUGGGAAAGAGAAGACCUUGAACUAGCAAUAGACCAAGGGUACAUUGGAAAUCUCAUACUUUGCGUCUGCUCUGAGCAUGAAGAAGUUCGGCGUCAAGCUAUGGCUGGUUUAUCACGCUUCAUGGCAAAACUCAAGGAAUCCUCGUUUGAAGAGCGUCGGACAAUAUACGUACUCGUUGGCGAAUUAUUGGAAACGGUGAAGGGACUAGGCCUUGACACACCGGCACCUUUUAUUGUUGGAGAACUAGCGGUUCGCAUGUUCGCCAUUCUCACGAAUCCUAGUCACAAGUUAUACGGAAAGAUCAACACUUUCCUGAACAGGAGCCCUCAGUGGGAGGUUGGGAAGAUCCCCUCGUAUUGGAUUGAUAAAAUACUCUACCACGAGCCAGAGAGCGAUGAUGGCAACCGUGAAGAAAUUGGCUGGCUGCUAGAUUUAUUUGUUUGCGGGCUUAAAUCUGAACUGGACAUGGACAUAUAUCGACGAGCCGGCGUCUUUGAGCGGCUGUUCUCCCUGUAUAGUUCCCCCUCAUUAACGGGAGGACUGCGGAAGAAAGUACUUCACUUGGUAUAUCGUGUUUGUGAAAUCGGGGGCAGCACGACACUGAUCACUCGGGCUGCUGCCCUCAGUUGGGUGCAAGGCCAGGCAGCGAUAUCUGACGCCCACAGCAGCACACUGCGAGCCCUUGCAACAGAGCUGUACCGUACAAGUUCCAGCGAAUGGGUUAAUCGCUGGAGUGGCUCUGCGUUGGCAGCGGCUGUUAUGUCGACAGGGGCUUCGAGCGUACAGCAGUGGGCGUGCUGA